AUGUUGAAAAUCGUACUGUGCCUGUUAUUAGUUGUUUCUUCGGUUUAUUCCGAGUGUCGUGUGGAAGAAAAUCCAAAAGGUGUCAUUCGUUGUCUAUCAAAUAUAGCGGCAGCAUUCGAAGCUCUUUUCACAAAAAAUAUACAAACAUUAUGUAAUACAGGAGCUGCCAUAGCUGAAUGUGUCAAACCUCACAUGUAUGGAUGUGUUGCACAGCAGAUUAGUGAAGGUGCUUUGGAUCAAAUAUCGUAUUUAGCAGUUAAAUGUUGUCCAAACAAGGAUGGUGUCCUGUUGGAUGGCUGUUGGAUAAAAGAAUUACAGACAGGCGUGCAAAAGUGUUUUUCAUUAGAUAGUAAAGUUUUACUAGCAAAUGGCCAAGAAAAACUCAUCAGUCAAUUGAAACAAGGGGAUGCUGUUUAUGCGUUCGAUGAUACAAAUCAAAAUGUAAUUACAACUGAAAUCAUUGGCAUGCUUGAUAAUGAACCAGAAAAAUUCGGUUUAUUAAAACUGUUGACCACUUCCAGUGGCCGACAGUUGUCAUUGUCUUCAAGUCAUUUAAUUCCCACAAAAUCCGAUGGUUAUUUAAUGGCGAAGAAUCUUCAACUGGAUAUGAAAAUAUACGUUGUGACGUCUGAUAAACAGUUAACAGUUGAAACAAUCGUUAAUAUUACCGAUAUAUGGAAACAAGGUUACGCGGCACCGUUGACACAAUCGGGAACAAUAAUUGUCAAUAAUGUAGCUGCAUCUUGCUAUGCCACAAUAAAAAGUCAUCAACUAGCUCACGCUGUUCUCGCUCCCAUGCGUUGGUGGUAUUCUUUAUCGAAAAAUACUAUUUCUGAUGCAUAUUCUAUUCAGAAUGGUGUACAUUGGUUUCCAAAAACGCUAUUCAAAAUAGCAUCGUUUCUGUUGCCAUCCAUAAUAAAUUAA